AUGCCGGCGGUGUCAGCGGGCGCGAAACUUUCGCGGGCGGGGCGCGGCCGCCAUUGUUGGCGGCCGCGGCGGGUUAAUUCCGAAAGAAGCGAGGCGCAGGUGCACGAACGCCCCGCAUUAAUUCGAGCCGUCCCGACUAAUACCUACAUAUGGCCGCGUCACGGGGCGGUAGAAUUUGCAGGCGCGUCUGCCGCACGACCCGCGGCGCGGAUUAUGACGUCUCGCUGCGACAAUCCGAAUCCGCACGCGCUCGGAACGCGAACCGCGCAAUCCCACACCCGCCUU